GACUUCCAAAUGACGCCCUCCAUGGCAGCAAGAGGGAAGCGGGCUUCUUGGACGUGCGGAAGAUGCCUCAUUCUUGCUGAGGUGUUUGCAGUUAACAUACAGGAGCCAAAAUGAUGGGAAGCUGCCCAAGCACUCACUGAGUUCAAGAUUUGUCAGUGAGCCCCUACUGUGUGCUGGGCAUGCUGACGCAUUGUUUUCAGGAUUUAUGCACCUGUGGGUCCCACACUUCCCAGGGAGCAGACACUGAACAUGGAGAGCCUUGGGAGCUGAGGAUAUGGACACAGAGCGAGAAGCCCUGCAGUGCACAGCCUACCCUGAGGUUCAGAGCUUCUGCCAAAGGCACGGCUUGGCGUUUGAGGUGGUUGAUCUGAGGUGGGGUAUUCCGAAUACGCAGGCCACUGACUACCUGACCACGGAACUCUGCUUAGAAGAACUGGAGCGCUGUCAGAAAACAUCCAUAGGACCAGCUUUUGUGGCCCUCCUGGGUGACCAGUACGGCCCCUGCCCGGUUCCCCGGAGGAUUGAGGAAAAGGAGUGGGAGGCACUAAGAGCUCAGCUGACCUCCAGGCCUCGAGAUCUGGAGCUGGUGACCAGACAUUUCCAGAGAGACGACAACACCAUUCCUCCAACCUACGUCUUGCAGCCUUCAGGCUCACUGGUGGUCCCAGGGCCCGAGGAGGCCACCUUAACCUCUGUCCUGAGAGGUGGAGCCCAGGAGGCCUGGAGGCUAGGCCUCAUCAGUCAGGAGCAAUGGAUGUGCUAUCAUCGAUCAGUCAUUGAGUGGGAGAUUGAGUUCGGCCUACUGAACUCAGCACGAGGGGACCAGGGAGCUACCGUCUUCCUGAGAGAUGUACAGGACCUCAAUAAACACAUCUUGGAUGAUUGCUCUCUGAAGAUGGUGGAUCGGCUGGCAGAUGGCUGCCUGGAUACCAAUGCCCAGAGUCUUCUCAGUGGUCUUAAAGGGCGCAUACUAGAUGCUCAGCCUGGAGCCCUAAAGUCCCACCACCUGUCCUGGAGCCGAGACCUGGUCAACCCCAAGAACAAGGCUCACGCUCGUUACCUAAAGCAGUUGAGCGAGCAGUUCGUGGCCAGGACCAACCAUCAGGUCCUGGAGCAGCUUCGAGAGCUGGAGUUGGCCAGACAGGAGCUGGGUUGGCUCUACCAAGAGAUCCGCCACCACCUCUGGCAGAGCACAGAGUCUACCAAGGUCUUCUGCGGCCACCAGGAGCUCCUGGCCCAGCUCAGGCAGCGGCUCAGACAGGAUGAGAGCCGGACACAUACUCCCUUGGUUCUCUUUGGACCACCAGGCAUUGGGAAGACCUCUCUCAUGUGCAAGCUAGCCCAACAGGUACCAGAGCUGCUUGGCCACAAGACAGUGGUUGUCCUGAGGCUGCUAGGGACAUCAAAGCUGAGCCUGGAUGCCCGCAGCCUCCUCAGGAGCCUGUCCUUCCAAGUGUGCUUGGCAUAUGGGCUGCCACUGCCCCCAGCCCAGGUCCUGGAGGCCCACAGCAGGGUGGGCCAUUUCUUCCAUACUCUCCUCCACACUGUGUCACAGAGGAACUUUGAGUCCCUGGUGUUGCUCCUGGACUCCGUGGAUGACCUGGACUCCAUAUGCCAUUCUCAGAGGGUCUCUUGGCUGCCCCUCAAGUGUCCUCCAAGGGUGCACCUCAUCCUCUCUACAUGCUCAGGCCAGCAGGUUUUACAUAACCUGCAACAGACCCUCAAGGACCCCAGCACCUACUGGGAGGUGAAGGCCCUGUCUGGGAGUCAAGGCCAGGAGUUCAUACAGCUGCUGCUGGCUGCAGAGAGGAGGAUGCUGAGCCCGGGUCAGAGAGAUGUCCUCUGGGCCAGCCUCCCAGAGUGUGGCCACCCAGGGAGGCUAAGGCUGGCCUUUGAGGAGGCCCGGAAGUGGGCCUCCUUCACUGUGCCAAUGCCCUUGGCCACUACAGCAGAGGAAGCCACACACCAGCUCUGUAUACGCCUGGAGGAGACACAUGGGGCACUGCUGGUGGCUCAUGUACUGGGCUAUAUUGUGUCUUCCAGGUACGGUCUCUCAGAAGCAGAGCUGAAGGAUGUGUUGUCUUUGGACGAUGAAGUCUUGCAGGCUGUGUACCGGGACUGGACACCACCCAGCAAAGAGCUGUUGCGCUUCCCGCCCCUGCUGUGGGUGCGGCUCCGCCGGGACCUGGGACACUGCCUGGUCAGGAGGCCCGUGGAUGGCUGCAUGCUACUGGCCAUUGCACACAGACAGCUGUCCCAGGUAAUCCAAGUUCGAUAUCUGUCUGGGCCUGAGAGAGCCAAGAGGCAUGGCGUGCUAGCUGAAUUCUUCUCUGGAGCCUGGAGCCAGGGGAUCAAGAAACUUAUCACCCUGCCACUUGUAGGGAAGCCCCUGAACCUGGACCGCAAGGUGGCCCCACAGCCACUGUGGUUCUCAGGCACAGUGGCCAACCUGAGGAAGCUGACGGAAUUGCCCUUCCAUCUGCUGCAUGCAGGCCGCUUGGAGGAGUUGAAGCAGGAGGUUCUGGGGAACAUGAGUUGGAUCUCCUGUCGGGGCAUCUCUGGAGGCAUUGAGGCCCUGCUGGAUGAUUUUGACAUGUGUGCCCCUCACAUGGACUCUCCUGAGGUUGAUCUGGUUAGAGAAGCCAUCCAGCUGUGUGGCCCUGCUGUGGAGCUCCGGGGCCUGGAGAAGAGCGUCCUAUACACCGAGCUCCUGGCCAGACUCCUUUUCUUUGCUGCAUCACAUCCAGCAAUGAUCGGACAGCUGUGCCAACAAGCCCAGAGCUGGUUCCGUGCCUGCCCCUACCCAAUGCUGGUGCCCCUGGCAGGAUUCCUGCAGCCACCUGGUGGACCUCUUCGAGCCACUCUUACUGGGUGUCACAAAGGCAUCACCGCCAUAGCAUGGAGCCUGGAGGAGAAACUCCUGGUGGUGGGCACCCAGGAUGGUGCCAUGGUCGUGUGGGACGUGGAGGAACAACAGGUGGUACACGUUCUAAUGGGACACACAGCUGAAGUGAAGUGUGUGCGAGUGUUUGCCCAAGGGACUCUUGCCAUCUCUGCAUCAAAGGACCAUACCCUGCGUCUGUGGAGUCUGCUCUCUGGCCAGGAGAAAGUCACCAUUUUGGAUGGAGGGUCACAAAAUCCCACAGAGCCCCAGAGUUGGGACCUUCAUGUGGAUGAGAGAAACAAUGUUGUAUACUCGACAUCUGGUGCAAGGAUCAACAUGUGGAAUCUGGAAACUUCGAAGCUGGUCUUCUGUAUCACAGGAGAUGUGUCUGAUCCCUGGGUCUGUGUGGCUUUGUUGGCUGCCCAGGGUUUGCUGCUUGCCCUGUCCAAGGGCGGCCAGGUCAGUCUGUGGAGCUCAGCCACGGGAAAACUGCAGGAGAAACACCAGUUGUCCAGCAUCAAAGAAGAGACACCCACCUGUGCCGUCUCCAUCCAGACCCGGGCAAGGCUGGUCACUGGCUUCAGCAGUGGCUCCAUUGCCCUGGUCUCCGCUGGAGAAGACAGGCUGCUGGAGAAGCUCCCAGACGCUGUGGGGUUCCUGGUGGUUUCUGAAGACGAUUCCCUUCUUGUGGCAGGCUUUGGAAGAUUUGUGCGGAUUUUCUUGGCUGACUCGCAAGGCUUCCACCGGUUCAUGGCUUCGGAUCUGGAACACGAGGACAUGGUGGAGACAGCAGUCUUGGGUCCUGAGAACAAUCUGAUCAUCACAGGGUCCCGGGAUGCACUUAUCCAGGUGUGGAGUUUGUCAGAACAGGGGACCCUGCUGAAUGUCCUUGAGGGCAUGGGCGCCCCUGUGAGUCUGCUGGUCCGGGGUGGGACUCUGGUGGUGUCUGCAUCCCAGAAGUCUUCAUCUUUCAAGGUCUGGGAUCUCAAGUCCACUAAGAAGCUGCAGUCUCCGACUCCAUUUCUGGACCGCACCGGCCUCGCUGCAGUGUCCCACCAUGGCAGCUAUGUCUACUUCCCUAAGGUUGGGGACAAAAACAAAGUCACAAUUUGGGACUUGGCAGAAGGUGAGGAGCAAGAUUGCCUGGACACAUCCAAUGAGGUCCGCUGUCUGGAGGUGGCUGAGCAGGCCAAGCUCCUCUUCACAGGCCUGGUUUCUGGGAUCGUGCUUGUGUUCCCCCUGAAUUCCAGGCAAGAUGUGCUGUGCAUCCCCCCACCUGAGGCACGCAAAGCUGUCAACUGCAUGUCCCUGAGCAAGAGUGAGAAUCGUCUGGCCAUUGCCUAUGACAACAUUGUCCUGGUGCUUGACAUCAGCCCUGGGGACCCAUGUCCUGCCAUUGAAGGCCCCACCUACACCUUUUACACCCAGCUGCCUGAGACCAUAGUGAGUGUGGCUGUCCUGGCUGACUAUCGUGUGGUCUACGGCAUGAGCGAUGGCAGCCUCUUCCUGUACGACUGUGCAUGCUCUAAAGUGUUCCCUCUGGAGGCUCAUGGGAGCAGGGUGAGCUGUGUAGAGGUCAGCCACGGUGAGCAGCUAGCAGUGAGCGGGGCUGAAGAUGCACUGCUGUGCCUCUGGGACCUGCAGGCUUGCAGGGGGAUGUUCGAGAUGAGCUAUGAGAACUCCUGCUGCAGAGGGGUACGGUGUGCCUGCUUCUCCAGGGAUGACAAGCAUGUAUUUGCAGGCAUGGAGGACCGCUCUGUCACUGCCUGGAGCACGGUGGAUGGCACUCUUUUGGCUGUCCAGUUUGUUCAUGCUGUGAUCAACCGAAUCAUCCCUACCUCCAACGGCUUCAUGGCCCCCACAAGCCACGGCUAUCUCAUCCGUGACCGCUUCCAGUGCCCAUCAGUCAGAGUCUCCCAGCAAGACCCUCUCAAGAACUUCAAGAAGGCAGUGUGGCUGGUAAAGACCAGGCAGAGGGAAGAACUGGCUGCAGCAGAGGCCUCCCAGGAUGCAGAACCAGUGGCCGUAGAGGGAAAGGAAUCAAAGUCAAAUAAACGCUCACAGGUCUGCCUCAUACUCUGAAAGCCUACCAAGGCAGGGGCUUCAGUGACUUAGCCAUGGCUCUCCUGGUUGAAGCCAACUGACUCUCUCUGCUGGUGCCAUGUGGACAACCCCCCUUCCCCUCAACCAUCUUCCAUUUUUCCUCAUAGCUUUUUCCAUGGGCUCUGAAGGCCUACUUCCUUCAGGUGAGCAGCAGCCUGUACCUCCCACCUUACUCUAAGAACUUGGAUCAAAGCCUUGGCUCUGCCUCUUAGUUGUACUGAUGCAACUCUUAUCCCUGAGCCAGUUACUAGCUCGGAGAGGAUCUGAAAUCAUUGUAGGGACCAAGAGUGACCUUGUCAAAGUGUUAUGUGGUGGAGAGUGAAAGACUGUUGGGAUGUGAUGGGUGCUGUCCUGUCUUCAUAGCAGUGAGCCUCCAGUAAUAGCCCAUAAUCCAUACUGCAAAGCCACACACAGCAUAGUUAAACACACAGCAUAGUUAGCCUGUCUGCAGCUCCUGCUGUGAGACUCAAAAUGGUGUGUAAAAAAAAAUCCUCCUAGGAUCAGGUGGUGGCAUAGCUUUCAAUCCUAGCACUCAGGAGGCAGAGGCAGGAGGAUUCCUGUGAGUUUGAGGCCAGCCUUAGGUUACAUAGUAAGUUUCAGGACAGCCAGAGCUAUGUAGAGAGAAAAGACUGGUGCUGGCUCAGGGCUUAAAUCACCUUGCAUCCCAGAAUACAAGAACAUUGUACACACUGUCACCAACCUGCAAGCCUAGCCCCAGGAAACAGGCUAUUUUUGUUUCUUCCACUGCUGUGACUGAAAAACUCGACCAAAAGCAACUUAGAGGAGGAAAUGGUUCAUCUGGCUUUCACCCCCAGGUCACACACCCAGUUCUUCACUUAGGGAAGUCAGGGAAGAAACUCAAGCAGGAACUGAAGGCAAGUCUGCUGGCUAUUGCACACAGCAUGACCUCUGACUAGGGGACUCACUCAGCAUGGACAUACAGCAGUGUCUCAUCACUAUCAAUUAGUGAUGGUCAAGAGACACCAUGACCAUGGCAAAGCAGUUAAUGGGGUUGGGAGGACUGUUUAUAGUUUCAAAGGCUUAGUCCACUGUCAUCACGACAGGGAGCCUGGUGGCACACAUGGCAGGCAUGGUGCUGCAGGAAUAGCUGAAAGAUACAUCAUGAGAAUCCUUUUAAACAGUUCCCUCUCCGGUGACCAGACACUCAAAUAUAUAUGCCUCUGGGAGCCAUUCUCACUCACGACACAAGCCUGAACCACAGAGGAUGUAGUUUCUGCCUUUCUCCUGACUAGCUAAGCUUUUUCAUAAGCCCCAGAACCACUUGCCCAGGGAGUGGUGCCACUCACGGUGGGCUCCCUCCUCCAUCAGCUAGCAGUCAAGACAAUGCCCCAUGGACAGGCCCACAGACCAGUCUGACCUGGGCAACUUUUCAAUUAAGACUCGCUUCUCAGGUGACUCUAGGCUAUGUGAAGUUGACAGUUAAAGCUAAUAAGGUCACAGAGGAUCCUGAGCAUUCUGGCUAGCUAGCUAGACACAUCUGUGAGCUCUGGGUUUGAUUAAGAGACCCUGCCACAAUGAAUAAGGUAGAAGAGAAGUCAAUGAUUAUUCCUGACUCAACCUCAUGUCUUCAAAUACAAAUCACAUGUACCCACAUGGGUGUUCAGGCACACAUGAACACUCAUGAUGCCUACACCAGCCUCCAUGUGUAGCCAAAAGUGCUGGCAUAGUCUUAUCCUCCUGCCUCCAUUUCCUGCUUGGACAACUAUAACCACUGUGCCCAGCUAAGAUGCUUGGCUCACUCAGUUCCCUGACACAUCAGGACAUGCUAGCAUCUACCUGCUUUGCUGCCAGACCCUUUGCCUUGAAAUGGCUUUCUCCACAGUGCUCACAGCCAUCUAGUGAGCCUGUCUUGUGCCUGGAGCCUUGCUACAGUCAGACCUUAGAGGUGAGAGGCCCCCUUCACUCCAUGGGACACUAGACAGACUCAGCGAAAGCAGCAGUAGAAACAGCUUGUUUUUCUGUGUUGGAUACAGAACCAGGACUUGAAGGCAAGUGCUAUAUCUUAAGCCAUACCCCGAGCCCUCACUGGGGGAAUCCAGGAAGGGGCUUUACUGCUCAGUCAGUUACAUUCCAGCUUCAAAAUGAGGCCUUUGAAGAUACCUUGCUCAGUUAUUUCCCAAAUAAGGAUUCCAAUGCAUGCUUUAGCAAUUCUGAAAAUGUUAG